GUGAGACGAUUAUUUUGGACGGGUGAAGUUGCAUGUGAGCUAGGUAUAAAUAGCAGCCAUUCUUAAUUGGGCUCAACACUCCUCCUCCUCAUCAAUAACUAAGUAAGGGGUAAAACAAUGGCUCCAAACAGGCCCUUGUCCCUUCUUCUUCUUCUAGCUGCUGUUUCAGCCAGUAGUAGCAGUAGUAAUAAUGUGAAGGCUGCUGCUGCAGGUGUAGUGCCCAGCACUCACUUUGCUGCUCCAUUCAACAGGACCAGUUUUCCAUCUGAUUUUGUUUUUGGAGCUUCUUCUGCUGCCUACCAGAUUGAAGGAGGAGCACUUGAAGAUGGCAAGGGUCCUAGCAUUUGGGAUACUUUUACUCACAAACACCCCGAAAAAAUUUGGGACAAAUCCACUGGAGAUGUGGCUGAUGAUUUCUACCACCAUUAUAAGGAAGAUAUACAGCAGCUCAAAGAGAUUGGCAUGGACGCCUUCAGACUGUCCAUCUCAUGGACUCGGAUUUUACCAAGUGGGAAGAUCAGUGGGGGAAUUAACAAGAAAGGAGUGGAAUUCUACAACAAUGUCUUCAAUGAGAUUGUAGCACAUGGCAUGAAGCCAUUUGUGACCCUGUUCCAUUGGGAUACUCCUCAAGCCCUAGAAGACGAAUAUGGCGGGUUUCUAAGCUCUAAAAUAGUGGAGGACUAUAGAGACUACACAGACCUUUGCUUCAAGCUCUUCGGAGACCGGGUGAAAUAUUGGAUCACAUUGAACGAGCCAUUGUCCUACAGCAUGAACGCGUACGCCAAGGGCACCUUUGCCCCGGGCAGAUGCUCUCCCUAUGUGGGCAACUGCACCCACGGCAACUCCGCCACCGAGCCCUAUAUUGUGGCCCACAACUUGCUCCUGUCUCACGCCGCCGCCGUCAAUCUUUACCGGCAAAAAUAUCAGAAAUCUCAAAAGGGACAGAUUGGAGUCACACUAGUGACUCACUGGUUUGUGCCUAAGGUGAAGACUGUGGAAGGCCUUAAGGCUCCUUACAGAGCUCUUGACUUCUAUUUGGGAUGGUUUUUGGAUCCAAUCACAAAUGGAGAGUACCCACCAACCAUGAGAGCUUUGGUAGGGAAAAGGCUUCCGAAAUUCACAGCGGAGGAGUCAAAGCUGGUGAAGGGGUCAAUGGACUUCUUGGGGAUAAACUAUUACACUACAUAUUACGCAUCUCCAAUGUUGUCUGCACCCAACGCCGUCAAUCUCAGCUACACCACAGACAGCCAUCUUGACCUCACGCCUGACAAAGACGGCGUGCCACUGGGCACGCCGACACCAUUGGACUGGCUAUUCAUUUAUCCCAAAGGAAUCCGAAUGCUGAUGCUCUACAUCAAACAAAAAUACAACAACCCACCCAUUUACAUCACCGAAAAUGGUGUGGCCGAGGCCAAUAACAAAAAACUGUCAGUACAGGAAGCCCUCAAAGACGAUGUGAGGAUCAAAUACUUCGAGGGCCACCUCUGGUUCUUACAAAAAGCUGUCAAGGAGGGGGCGAACGUGAAGGGGCAUUUUGUAUGGUCGUAUCUGGAUUCCUACGAAUGGGACGCAGGGCUCACGGUUCGGUUCGGGAUGACAUAUGUGGACUACACCACUCUCAAAAGAUACCACAAGAAGUCUGCUUACUGGUUCCAAAAGUUCCUGCUUAAAUCUCCAGCCAAUUAAUCGAGAGGACCUAUUGCCUGAUCAAUAUCUCUUCAUCUUCAUUUAUUUUACAUUUCUAAUGCUUUAUUAUUCCCUUCCAUUCUCCGCUCUUUUUUCUGGUCAUGUUUCAAAUUAUGAUAAUAAUGCACAUCUCCUUCCUCGGAAAGGGGUGUGGCAUGUACUGCGAUUUGUGCUCGUGUAAUAAGUAUUCGAUCAAUCUAGUGCUCGCCUGAUUUCUCGAUAUUUGUUUGGUUUUCAUUGUCUAUAUUACAAUGCAUAUGCUCCAUAUAUAUAUCCUAGGCCUGCAAGGUAUCGAAACCU